AGUCCUCAGUUUGCGAUCCCCACACCCGGCGUACAGCCAGUGUUCACGCAGUACUUCACCCGCGGUAACGGUCAGGACAUUGAACUACAGCCCCAGUCGGCGCCCCUAAGCCCGCCCUCUAAUAACCUCGUGUGGGCUCAACAACAGCGGGAGCCGAUAGCACAGCAACAACUGCUCGACUUCUUUCACCCGACACAACAGCCCCUUGUGUUUGAAGCGCCGGCCACUCGACCCAUACAACUCUUCUCUUCACUCGACAACUCAGGUCUCUCUUACUUUCCCGAACAACAGCCCCAACAGCAGCUCCGGGAACACCAGCCCCAGCCCUUUGGCGGCUAUACUCUUGUACUACAGCACAGGGAAGCGGGACAACAACGACAAGUGUCAGCCCCUCAGACACCCUCUGAGCCACAAAUCAUAGAACAGGAGAAAGUGUCUGAAGAGAGGACUGAAUCUCAAGAGCAACAGUUGAGACCCAUAGCAGCCCAGCAAACCGUAGUGCCAACUGUGCCCUUAAGACAGGCCAUAGAAUACCGACCAUUACCUGUCCUCCAACGCCAGGAGCCGCUCGUGUUUGAGCCGCAAGUUACUGUCGACUCGACACGUCCGCACACUUUGACUCUUAAUGAACACACUUUUCCGACGGUCGGCGACCACAACAGUGACCACAACUCCUAUACUAACAAUCGAGAGAAAUCGCGCAAAGAAUCGGUUGAAUCGCCUGAAUAUCAAAGUUACUUCAAUUCAAACAAUUCUGUCAAUGAUUUAUCGGCCGACGAGUCGAUUGUUGUGUUGAGACGACAGGUGAAGGCAUUGUCGCGACGAGUGUCAGCCAAAGAGCUCGACAAUCAGUACAGACAUCAACGAGAAGUGUUGAUCUAUACGUUGGGUGUCAUCUAUUUCGUAGUUAAAGGUUUUGUUUGGAUUCACAGACAGUUAUAA